CCUUCCCUUUUUAAAGAUGCCAACUCCGUCUCCUCUUCCUCCUUCCCUGCUGCUAGUGGAGCACAUGGUUGGGCUGUGAGGCUGUGCAUCGAGCUUCAGCAAGCAAAUGGAGAUGAGUUCGAGCUCCCUUGGGGCCUCGGCAUCCCGUAGCUCCAAUGACACCCUCCACGGGCUUAUGUUCGGCGAGAAGGUCUAUUUCGAGGAUGCGGUUGGUGGCGGCGGCAGCGACAGCACCUCCAAGGCACCUCCGGCUCCGUCGACGGCGCCGAAGAAGGGGAAAGCGGUGGUGCACGGAGUUCAGCAACAGCCACCCAGGUGUCAAGUGGAGGGGUGCGAGGCGGAUCUGAGUGGGGUGAAGGCUUACUACUGUCGGCACAAGGUCUGUGGGAUGCACUCCAAGGCACCCAAGGUGGUUGUCGGGGGAAUGGAGCAGAGGUUCUGUCAGCAGUGCAGCAGGUUUCACCAGCUGAGUGAAUUUGACCAAGGGAAACGCAGUUGUCGCAGACGUCUGGCGGGCCACAACGAGCGUCGAAGAAAGCCGCCCUUCUCUCCGCGCUAUGCCCACUUGGCGCCACCAUCCUUCCAUGAACCCGGCAGAUUCAGAAGCUUUCUAAUGGAUUUCGCUUACCCCAACAUUUCGAGUUCCACUGGCGCAAGAGACAUUUGCCCUACUGUCAUGGCCGGUGAUCAGGUGGCGACUAACCACUGGAAUGAUGUCGUAGAUGCUCCAUCCGAUGCGGAUGCAGAUGCAGAUGCAGCUGCAGCUGCUGCUGCUGCUCCGGUGCACGGAGCCGGAUCCCGAUCCCAUCCAUACUCGCAAGGUUCGACAGGCCAAAUUCUCUACUCUUCCCCGGAGUUUCCGCCCGGUGAGUGUCUCGGAGGAGCCUUGGAUGCCAGCUGUGCUCUCUCUCUUCUGUCAACUCGGCCACGGGGCGAUCACACAUCCAGAAGCCGCCGACUCCCAACUAUUUCCGCAAGCGGUGGUCUCAACGCCUCCUCCUCCAUCUUGGCUCAUUCCUUGGUCUCCAACAAUCACACGGCCAACUCCGCGAGUUUUGGACACCAAGGAAGCAGGAACAGUUGGCAUGAGAUGGGGAUGGAUGCGGCAGGUGGUUCUCAUUUUUCAGGUGAACUGGAGUUAGCCCUGCAGGGAAACGGGCAGUGCCUCGGCCAUGGCUUGUUGGGCAGGGAAUACGAUCACUCAGGUCAUAACAUCAUGCACUGGUCUCUCUAGACCUUGCCACCAUCAUUUUGCUGCUCCGAGAAUCCUGAACGCUAUGGGUUGGGAUUUUAGUGUCAUCAUCAUCACACACAAUUUUGUGUCCCAGUCUAUUUGUUCAUCAAGAGGCCAAAGACUAGUGUGUGUGCCUCGUAAUUCUGUAGCUUUGGGGUUUGAUUUUUUCUUCUUCUUCUUCUUCUUCUUCUUCUUUUUCCAUGAAAUUGAUUGUAAAAGAUGAUGCUAAUGUAGUCUCAUCUCCUUUAGACUAAUCAAUCAAGCAUGUCUUCUUUUGCAGCCAUGUCUUCAGCAGCUUUGCUUCCUUGAACAAGAGUGGAGUUAGUUGGCAACCGAAUCUUUUGAGAUAGUUCUACGCUCACCAUUGCAGAUUAUAUGCACCGUCGAAGAACAUGACAUUAAUAAAAGAAUACUAGUUAUCAAGGGGAGAACAUACCAUACCAUACCAUACCAUGUGUGAGAAUAAAUUCCUCAAAAGAGGUCGAUCCAG